GUUUCAAAAUUGUUAAUUUGAAAAAACGAGACAGAACUUCCAUAACCAGAGGAACGGAAGAGAACCUGGGUCCGCCAGAUCCAAAUUCAAAAUCUCACGCUCCACGAACCUCACUCUCGUCAACCCUAACCUACCUAAUCAGUCCAAAUUCCACUCUUCAAAUUCCGAAGCCACACAUAAUGGCUUCUCGCUACCACAGCAGCACCAACAAAAAAGUGGGUCCCGAAGAAGCUUCUCUCGACAAGCGUCGCCGGAUCCUCGGAGCUGACAAGAUGGACCGACAGCAGGGUGGUAGGGUCAGAACGCCGUUUUCCGUUGUCACCAACAACGCAGCAACGAGUGACGCCGCCGAAGGCGCCGCCGUCGUCGUCGAUUUCACGAAGGAUGAGGUGGAGACGUUGCUCAAUGAGAAGAAGGGGAAUACUUAUGAUAAUAAGAAAAAGAUUGAGCAGAUGACGGAUCUUAUUAAGCGCCUUAAGCUCUGCGUUCGGUGGUUUAAGAGGAUUGAAGAAGGGUAUGUGCAAGAAAAGGAAAAACUUCGGUUUGAGCUGGAGGCUGCUGAGAAGAAGUGCACUGAUACUGAGACUGAGAUGAAGAGUAAGAUUGAGGAGUUGGAAGAGACUGUAUCUGAUUUGAGGAAGACAAUUUCUUCUCUAGAAGAGAGAAUUGUGAAGGAAGAAUCAGAUAAGUUGGAAGCAAUUAAUUCUUAUGGUAAAGAAAAGGAAGCCAGAACUGAAGCUGAGAAAGUUCUGGAUGAGAAAUCAGCUGAGCUUGAGAAAGUUCGGGAUGAGAAAUCAGUUGCUGUGAAGAAGGCCAUUUCAAAUGAGGACUUGUACAAGCGAUCACAAGAGUAUAAUGUGAGCCUGCAGCAGUACAAUAGUCGUCUUCAGUCAGAUCUUGAAACUGCUAAUGAGGCCCAUAAACGACUUGAAUCAGAGAAAGCAACCAUUGUUGAGAGCCUUAGCAAUGUAAGAGGCCACAAUAAGGCAUUGCAGGAUCAAUUGGUAUCUCUUAAAGUUUCACAAGACGAGGCUAUAAAGCAGAAAGAAAUUUUAGGAAAUGAGCUCAAAUGCCUUCGUGAAGAGUUAAAACAAAUUAGAGAUGAUCGUGAUCACCAAUUGGGUCAAGUAAAUGCUUUAACUGGAGAAAUAGCAAAGUACAAAGAAUAUACAGGGAAAACAUGUACACAAUUGGAUACGUUGAUGAUUAAAACAAAUGCUCUUGAGGAGACUUGUUCAUCACAGAAGGAGCAAAUACAUAUCAUGCAGCAGCAGUUGUUUGCUGAAAAGGAAAAGUUAAAGAAUGCUGAUUUAUCUGCUUCAGAAACAAGAACAAUGUUUGAAGAGCAAAAGAUAAUUAUACGUGAACUACAGGAUCGAUUGGCAGAUAAAGAAUUUCAAGUUAUUGAAGGAGAGAGGCUAAGGAAAAAACUGCACAACACUAUCCUGGAGCUAAAAGGAAAUAUUCGUGUGUUCUGCCGUGUGCGUCCUCUCCUAGCAGAGGACAGUCUGGGAACAGACAUGACUGUUUCUUUCCCUACGUCAACAGAAGUGCUUGAUCGGGGCAUUGAUUUGGUACAAAGCGGGCAGAAGUACAAUUUCACAUUUGACAAGGUGUUUAAUCAUGAGGCUUCUCAGCAGGACAUUUUCAUAGAGAUAUCACAGCUGGUUCAAAGUGCACUUGAUGGCUACAAGGUGUGCAUCUUUGCAUAUGGACAGACGGGUUCAGGCAAAACCUAUACUAUGAUGGGUAGGCCUGAUGCGCCAGAUCUGAAAGGAUUGAUACCACGCUCUUUAGAACAGAUAUUCCAGACUAGCCAGUCUCUAAAAGACCAAGGGUGGAAGUACACAAUGCAUGUAUCAAUAUAUGAAAUAUAUAAUGAGACCAUCAGAGAUUUGUUAUCAUCAAAUCGGUCAAGUGGGAAUGAUCAUACACGAACAGAAAAUAGUGCUCCCACUCCUAGCAAGCAGCACACUAUUAAACAUGAAUCGGACCUCGCAACACUGGAAGUUUGUAGUGCGGAGGAGAUUUCCUCUCUUCUACAACAGGCUGCACAAAGCAGGUCAGUGGGAAGAACACAGAUGAACGAACGGUCAUCCAGAAGCCACUUUGUCUUUAAAUUGCGUAUAAGCGGGAGAAAUGAGAAAACUGAACAACAAGUGCAAGGUGUGCUAAACCUGAUUGAUCUGGCUGGAAGUGAAAGACUGUCAAGGAGUGGGGCAACUGGGGACCGGUUAAAGGAAACUCAGGCUAUCAACAAAAGUCUCUCAUCCUUGAGCGAUGUCAUAUUUGCUUUGGCAAAGAAAGAGGAGCAUGUUCCUUUUAGGAAUUCAAAGCUGACACACUUUCUCCAGCCAUAUCUUGGUGGGGACUCCAAAACGUUGAUGUUUGUCAACAUCUCACCUGAUCAAUCUUCAGCUGGCGAAUCACUAUGCUCUCUACGCUUUGCAGCCAGAGUCAAUGCCUGUGAAAUUGGGAUUCCACGGCGUCAGACUCAGACAUCAACACGCUCCUCAGAGUCCCGGUUGAGCUAUGGUUAAAAGGGAACAGAGCUUUGCCUGGCCAUACGCUCAUCCAUGACCAACAUUAAUUGUUUUAUUUGUCCUGCUUUAGCGGCAGAGUGAAAAUAUUCUUUUUGCUGCUGUGACAAUUGUAUGAGUGUAAAAUUUUAGAGAAUCAAGCUUGUGUAAAUUGGUUUUUAGAGGCUUGGCUUUAGCCUCCAAGGGUACUGCCAAUAAUUUGUACCAUUUAGAUGUGACAUUCAAUGUAAUGCUAGCAGCUUGUUGAUUCUAAAUGAAAUGAAACUUCACCAUUUGGUGGAUUCUUUGCUCACAA